AUGCGUGAAGUGAUCUCCAUCCACGUUGGACAAGCCGGUGUACAGAUCGGUAACGCAUGUUGGGAACUGUAUUGCCUGGAACAUGGAAUACAGCCCGAUGGCAUUAUGCCUUCAAAGAACGAGAACGAAUCGUUUACCACAUUCUUCUCUGAAACAGGAAACAGUCGAUUCGUACCACGAGCAAUUAUGGUUGAUUUGGAGCCCACAGUUGUUGGUGAGUCGAACUGUUUAGUAGUAAUGUUUUGUCCAUCUAUCUGCGAAGUGCUGCGAGCUUUGCAUGACAUUAGCGGAGAAAACAAAGCGACCCAUUUUUAA